AAGCCUUUGUUAAGAGCUCAAGUUCUAGGCUACGCUCUGGUUCAGAUACCUUGCUUCACCCUCAGGAGCUUCUCGUUUCACAGGACACGAAGAGUGUUGAGGGUCUAGAAACCAAUCAUUUUAUUCUUGUUCAUGGAGGUGGAUUUGGUGCCUGGUGUUGGUAUAAAACUAUGACACUAUUAGAAGAAGGAGGCUUUAAAGUUGAUGCAGUUGACUUAACUGGUUCUGGGGUCCAAUCAUCUGAUACGAACAGCAUUACUAGUCUUGCACUAUACGUAAAGCCAUUAACUGAUAUUCUUGAGAAACUAGAGGAUGGAAAGAAGGUAGUUCUGGUGGGACAUGAUUUUGGUGGGGCUUGUAUAUCUUAUGCAAUGGAGUUAUUUCCAUCCAAAGUUGCAAAAUCCAUAUUCAUUGCUGCAACAAUGUUGGCUAGUGGGCAGAGUACCCUUGAUUUGUUUUCUCGACAGUUAGGGCCAAAUGAUCUAAUGCAGCAGGCACAGAUAUUCAUGUAUGCUAAUGGGAAGGAUAAGCCUCCUACUGCUAUAGAUCACAGCAAAGAAUUGGUCAAAGAUCUUUUCUUCAAUCAAAGUCCUUCUAAGGAUGUUGCAUUGGCCUCAUUAUCAAUGAGGCCUGCUCCUUUUGCACCAGUUAUGGAGAAGCUCUCUCUAUCCCAAGUGAAUUAUGGCUUGGUGCGCCGGUUUUACAUUGUAACACAAGAAGAUCAUGCCAUAAGUCCUGCUCUACAGGAGAUUAUGAUCAACUCGAAUCCACCUGAACAUGUUUUUCGAAUCAAGGGCUCUGAUCAUUCACCUUUUUUCUCUAGGCCUCAAGCUUUACAUAAGAUAUUAGUAGAGAUAGCUCAGAUUCUACCAAAGUAAAACUUAUUUCCAAAGGACACCAAAGAGCCUAGAAUGCUACAAUGCUUACAUUUUAAGGCUACAAUGUGUAGAUUAUUAAGCUGCAUCAUGCAGAAUUUUCAUUGUUGCAUGUACAAUGUUUAGAUUCAUUAUUUUAUUGGUGUGAGACUUUGAGAGCUCAAAUUGGAAGUAGGUUUUUUUUUUUGAAUUGUUGUAAAUAGAAGAAAUUUGGUGCAAGUGGGAAAUGAGCCAUUUGUUGUGUAUGUUUGGAUUUUUGAUGUUUCAAGCCAAUAUUAAUUAAGCUAUUCUAUACAAGAAAAGCCAAUGCAUACAUUUUAUAUAUGUAUAA